AUGAGCUCUGUUUCCUUUACAUGUAAUUGUUGUGUGAUACAGUUCAAAACCAGUGACUUGCAAAGAUAUCACAUGAAGACUGAAUGGCACAGGUACAACUUGAAGAGAAGGAUUGCUAAUCUGUCACCGAUUGGUGCAGAACAAUUCGCUGAGAAGUUACAAAUUUCCGAGAAGGAGCAGGCUGAAAAUCAGGUUGAUGAGUUUGGAUUCCCUGUUCUAAAGCCUGUUAUGAACCAAAGUAACCAUCAUAAUACAUUGCCAGUGAGGCAAAAGAAGCCGAUUAAUUCGAAAAGAGGAAGAAAAGUUGGUGCGAAUCUAUCGAAGGGAAAUGACAAAGAUACUGCUACAGAAAAACAGAAUAGAUCGGUCUCUCCUUCUGGAUCAAUAUCUUCCCAAUUAUCUAAUCUAACUGUAGAAACAGAAAACACAAAUACAGAUUACGGUGAAGAUACGGUUUCUGAAUAUGGUUUUACAAGUGAUUCUAAUUAUGAGUACGCUACUAGUGAUGAGGAAUUAGACAUGACGGAUAAACAUGUCGAUAAAAAAGAAAAUGAAAAAAUUACUAUCACUGAGUGUAUAUAUUGCGGGAAAAACAGCAGGGAAGUGGAAAGAAAUGUGAAACAUAUGUUCAACGAGCAUGGUCUUUUCAUACCUGAAAGAUCGUUUUUGAUAGAUUUGAAUGGUUUAUUAGAAUUUCUAAUAAGAGUAAUUGUCAUUGAUCAUAACUGCCUAUGUUGUAACUUCCAGGGCUCUGGCUUAGAAAGUGUAAGAGCGCAUAUGGAUUCUAAACGCCAUUGUAGGCUACCGUAUGAGACAAAGGAGGAGCGUCAGUUGUUCGCUCCAUUUUAUGAUUUCACUUACGAUGAUUAUUCUAGCAAAAAUUCACAAGCUGAUAAAGAAGAUGUUUCUAAGCUUUCCACCAUCCGUGGGACUAAUAAUGAUGAAGAAGAUUCUGAAAUAGACUCCACGUCUGUUCCAGCAGAAAACGAUAUCAAUGCAAACUAUACCACUGUCUCCAUUGACGAGUCAGGCCUAGAACUUACAUUACCAACAGGCGCAAGGCUGGGUCAUCGUGCGGGACAGAGAUACUAUAGACAGAAUCUGCCUUCACAGCCUAAUCCUAAUGAAAGCAGGAGAACUGUUACAGCUGCCGACAGAAGGAUGAUCAGUGGUGUUACUGAAAAGCAAUAUAAGAAGGGUAUGAAGAAAAUGCAACAACUAGAGAAAAAUGCCAUUAAUACGCAGAUUCGUCGGGAGAUUAAAAGAGUCAACUUCCAGACUCACUACAGGGAUGAGUUGUUGCAAUAG